UCCGUCUUUGGCUCGCGUUGGCUUUGGCGACCAACGCGAUGGCCCACUGCAUUGGCCUCAUGCCGAGGUCAUAGCAGUCGCAGUGCAGCAGCAGUAGCGUUGGCCUGUCGAGGGCGACGCUUCAUGCAGGAUGGCGAAAGGUUGCGUAUCUUGGAAACGGUCAUUUUGUCGUCGGGCGAUGGCCGACGAAGCGGUGCUCAACCGCGUCGAGCAGGCGCGCGUGUAUGGCAUCGACUGCGGCGACGAGAUCCUCUUUGGCGCAGGCGCGUGGGCGCCGGGCGGCGAGCACACCAAGAAGCUCGUCGUCAAGAACGUCUCCAACAAAACCAUCAAGUUCAAGUACGAUCUGCCGCGCACCAAGUACUUUUCCAUGGACUUUCCACUGCUCAUUACGCUCUCGCCGGGCACGUCGCGCGUCCUCGACAUUGCAUUCCGCCCGGUCCAGUACGAAGAGUACGACGACUGUAUCCGCUUCACGGUCCACAUCAUCGACGGCGGCGUCAAGGCCACCAAUGGCACGUUUCGCCUGCCGGUCAAAGCGCGCAUUGCCAUGCUGCGGGUCGAGCUUCCGUCCGGCCUCGACUUUGGCUUUUGCCCGACCGCCGAGACGACCGAUGUUGUCUUCCAGCUCAAGAGCACGGGCCAAAUCGAUGCGAGCUUUCGGUGGAGCCUCCCCGACGCCGGGGAGCAUGGGCGGCCGUUCAAGAUCACCCCGUCGAGCGGCGAGAUCAAGGCGGGUCAAGUGCUCGAUGUGACGGCGAGGUUUGCCCCACGGACCGCGUCCGUGUACGUGGUCACAGCCCUCUUUGCGGCGCACGAGCUCGGCGAGACGCACCAGCACCAGGAGACGACGCUCAAGAUCAGUGGAAUUGGGAAAUUCGCCUACUUUGCUACCUCCGAGACCGAACUGGACUUUGGCGACAUGCUCGUCAACGGACCCUCGACGCACAAGAGCCCGACCGAGCGCGAGUUUGUUCUGCGCAACCGGUCGCUUGUCCGCGCCUCUUUCCACAUUUUCCCCAUCGAGACAGACCACGAGCCGACGUUCUUCUUCUCGCCGCUCAAAGGCACGAUCCCGCCCGAGUCGGCGCUGCCGAUCCGCGUCAAAUACACGCCGUUGAGCCCGGGCACGUUCACGUGCGACAACUUUAAGAUUGUGACUCCCGGCGGGCACGCUGCGCACAUUGUCUGCAAGGGCAAAGCCAUCGGGCCGCUCGUGUCGCUCUGGAAGAAGAACCGCGCGUCCAACCUCGUGAGCGGCCACUCGGUCAACUUCCGCGACGUCCGCGUCGGCGAGACCGCGACCCGCGUCCUGUACCUCCGGAACGAAGCCGCGAUUCCGGUUCGAUUUCACCUGGUGAGUGCAGCCAACGGCAUCUUUGGCGUGAGCAAGGUCGCGGGCGAGAUCCCGCCGCUUCUCGAGGCGUCCGUGCUCCUGACGUUUGCCCCGCUCUCGCCCGGCAACUACUACCGACGCCUCUUUUGCCUGCUGCAGAACCAAGCCACCAUGUUUGUCGACGUGCUCGGCACGGGCUACGACGCCGAGAUCCGCCCGUCGCCCUUCGAGCAGGGGCAUGUCGACGCCUACCGUCUCCGCUGCGAGCACAACUUGGGCCAUCUGUCCCCGGAUGGGCUGGAAGCACUCUGGGGCGACAAGGGCGACGAGCUCUUUCUCCAAGGAGCGUUGGCUCGCCAGCGUGAGGCCGCCAGCCGAAGGGAGACGACGCGCCUCCUCACGCGGAGCGGCGACAUGCUCCUCGCCGACGUCGACGUGUGCCAUGAGUUUUUCAUUCAGCCCGACGACCGGCAUGGCGCCAUCUUUGCGUCCGACGCGCUCCUCGACUUUGGCGUCGGCUUUGACAUCAAGAAGACACUGCUUGUGACCAACCAAACACGCGGCAAGGUCACGUGUACGUGGCGCAUCGCCGAAGCGCCGACGGCGGUCGAGAGCAGCAACUUCACCAUCUUUCCGACGACGUGCGACAUUGGUCCGGGCGCGUCGGCCGAGUUCCGCGUCGGCUUCCACCCCAAGCAGAGUAACACGUACUUCUUUGCCGAGCUCGAAAGCAGCGUCUACUUCAAGUCCAACCGCACGUUUCGGCUCGUAAACCCCGAGACGUUCACGCCGCCGUGGUGCAUCGUCGUGCAGGCGACGGGGCACACAUUUGCGUCGACCGACAGCCAGUUUCUCUCCCGUGUGACGUACGCGACGGCGAAGGACGGGCUUUGCGCGUUCCCGCCGGCGUUCAUUGGCGACUCGGUGUUUCAAACCGUCGUGCUCAUGAACAGCAGCGAUACGCCGGCCGUCUUUGCGAUCACGCAGGACCCGUCGCGCGUCUUCCGCGCCAAGCCCAGCUGCGGUUUGAUCCCGCCGAAUGGGUUUCACUUGGUGCAGAUUCGGUUCAGCCCAACAAAGAGCCGACGCUACUCGCACAUGCUCAAGACGACCGUGAACCACUCGACGUCGGUGGCCCUCGAGCUCACAGGCACGGGCUGCUUUCCGCAUUUGAUUUGCCAAGAGCUGGACGGCGGCCCCGCGAUCGACAAGCUCUUUAUCAAGCCCACGUCGAUUGGCCUCUCAUCGACGCGGCUCUUCCGCGUCAAGAACGGGUGCCGCAUCCCGCUCGUGUUUCGGUGGAGCCUUCCGCCGUCGGUCCAAGACGUCUUUCAGCUCUCGCCGCUUGUCCACCGGCUCCUCGGGAACGAAGCCAGCGUCAUUGCGUGCGUGUUUGCGCCGUCGCUCAUCAAACAGUACAACCAGCGGCUCACGCUGCACGUCAAGUCCAUCUCGAUGGCGCGCGGGGAGCCACCGUCGUCCCAUCUCCCGAUUCUCCAAGACGUCUCGAUCAAGGUCACGGGCGUCGGCACGACGGGUGCUGUCGCGUUUGAGCCCGCCGAGCUCACGCUACCGACGGUCCUUGUCAACUCGGAUGCGACCGGGCCGUUCCAGCUCGUGAACGGCAGCGACUGCGAUCUCCAAUUCGAGCUCCGCGUGACGGUGCUCGACUCGUCCAAGCUCAUGGCGCGGCCCCACCUGGACAAGAAGUUGGCGGCCACGUACGUUUCCUUUUCAAAACCGAGCGGCGUCAUCGGCGCGCGUUCGACGCAGCAAGUGGGGAUUGCGUUUCGCGGCGACCUCGCGGGCAGCUACGACUAUGGUAUCCAGUGCGCAAUAGCCACGCUCGACGCCGUCGUGCUGCCGUCGCACCAUGGCGACGACGACAGUGUCAACUGCGUCGAGAUGCAAGUACACGCAAGUGCGUCGUUUCCGACGCUCUUUUUCGAAGACAUUCGCUUGGCGCAGACGCCGACAGCCGUCGCGUGGGCGCAGUUUCAGUGCGAAGAGAUCAACGCGUUCAUGGCCGCGCCGCUCACCAACGACGAACUCAAACUCAACAGCGAGAGCAGCCCCGAUUUGAGCUUGCUCAAGGUGUUUCCGUUGCGGUUCACGCCCAACGUCAUCGGCACGCAUACCGAAGACGUGGUCAUUCAGCUGCGCAACCCGGGCUCGCUUGUCGUUGACUUUCGCAUCUUUUACCCCAACGAGUCGGACAUUGAGAUUGAGCCGUGGGCCGACACGAGCGAGCCGACGACGGACGAGCUGCGGCAAAACAUCAUUAUCGACUCCAAGCUCUUCACCGUCGCACCGCGCAAAGGGGUCUUGCAGCCGCACGAGAGUCUUCUGCUCCGUCUCUCGUACGCGUACGCGUCCAUGCAGUACGACGGCGUCCACGACCUCCAGCUGCUCGUGUCGGUCUCGCAAGGCAAGAAGAUGAUGCUAUCGCUCCACGGCCGGACGCUGCCCAAAGCGUCUCCCCUUCUCUUUCUACCACGCACCAACUGGGUGCUCUCGCCCGUCAUGCUAAGCGAGAGCGGGCGGAAGGAGCAUCUGCAUGCGCGGCCAGCGCUGCAGCAGUUCCAGGUCUUCAACCGUGGCGACGCACCCUUCCUUCUCGACAUCGACGACGCCGACCUCGCGCGCAUCAACGCGACGAGCCACAACUUCCCGAUCCUCGAGUGCCUCACGCAGCGCGUCUCGGUGCCGCCCAACGCGUCGGUGUUUCUCGACCUCGAGUUUUGCCCGCUCGAGCAGCUCACGUACCACGGCACGUUGCUACUGAGCGUCGAGGGGCUCGAGUCGGGGUACCAGGAGCAGUUCAAGCUGCCGAUCACCGCGCGCGGGUACGACGCCAGCAAGACGAGCUUUGCCAUGACGCGCGACAGCAUCGUGCGCGGCGGGCCGCCUACAGUUCAAAAGGCACCGCCCGAGUCCCGCGCGGCGCUGAGCUGCGACGUGCUGGACCUUGGGCAUGUGUGUGUGCACACGGAGCACACGCGGCUUGUCGUACUCACAAACCUGAGCGCGACGGCGACGCUGAGCUUUGCGUGGGACGCCAACCACCACUUGGUGCACGCGAACCGCGUGCGGUUCUUCCCGAUGCAAGGACGACUCUCGCCGCUCGAGCACUGCAUGGUGCGCGUCACGGUCGCGCCGGCCGCCGACUUACUCGUGAUCGAUCACGACAUUGCGUGCUGGGUCCGGCUGCUCCAUGACGCGGCCGCGUCCUCGACACUCGAGAGCGCCAAGACGACACGAGAAGCCAAGCCGAGCGACACGCGACCGUCCGUGCUCACGCGCACGACGAUCUCGUCGCGCGCACACUUUAGUCGCGACGAGCCCGCGACUACCGAAGACUACACGCCGCCACUCGCCCUCGCGCUGCCAAAGCUCAAGCCCAAACCAGCGCCAGCGUCCGGCAUGCGCAGUCCCAAGGGCCCUCGUCGGAAGCCGAGCCCGACGCGCGGCAACUCGUCGCGCAAGGCCAGGUUUGGUGACGGCUCGGACGCCGCCGAGUCGGACGAGACGUUGCGCGGCAGCAAAGUGCUGCAGCCACUGUACAUCCACGUGUUUGCCCACGUCCUGCCGCUCGAGACGUUUCGACGACAGCUGACGCGCGAGGAUUUCGAGCGCCGGCCGCUGGCGAUUCCGAGCGGCGAGACGCGGCGGGCCGACGACCUCGAGGCGCUCCGGACAGCGUGGCGCGUGACAAAGGACCCGGCGGCGAUGAGCGAGAGCCGGCACGUCAUCGAAGGCGUCUUGAGCCACCUUGUGACCGACCUCUUUGGCACGGGCACGAUCGACCAGGCGGUCGACGAGCUCUUGCCGACCGAGCCCGAGACGCCGUACUUUGUGCAGUUUGGCCAGCCGGCGUGCGACAAGCGGCGCGCGCGUCUGGGGCGGCUGCUGGUCGAAGACGACUUUCGACGCAUUGCGAGCCUCGUGCUGGAAAACACAAUGCUCAACGUCGUCCAAGAAAUUGGACUCGGCGAGUUUGACCUCGCGUGUCUCCCCAAGCAGCUCGUGUUUCUGCCCGACGAAGAGACGUAGCCCGCAUCGUGCUGUAAAUAGACAACCUCGACGCAUGCAUGGAG